UCGACACAGACACAGCAGUCAGAGCUGACUCACUAUCUGCUCGCACCUGCCUCCAGUUCACUCAUACUAACUGUGAGAGAAGAAAGAAACAGGAGAACAACUACAGAGAUUUAAAGACUGAAAGAAACAGGGGAGACAAAACGAGUUCGACAUCGUCUCCAGUACGCAGAUCCACAAAGAGCAGCAGUAAAGAGAUGGGGUGUAAGUUACCCAAGCCCCGUGGUUCAGACGAAGCUCCAGGGAAGAUCUUCUCCACCCUCAGACGAGCCCAGGUGGAAACGCAAUGUGGAGUGGCCUACACAUAUCAUUACCUGGACUUUCUGCUAGGAAAGGAAGAGGUGGCAGUAUCUUCACUGUUGUGUUUGUCUUCGGUGAGAGAGCUUCCAGUACAGGUGUGUGAGUUAUAUCAGAAGGGAUUCAUACUGGCUGCUGUCCAUCCAAUCGUUCAUUCUAGCGGCCCUGCUAGCGCUAACCUUCAGAAACAGUUACACCGAGCUGUGCUCAUUAGAGAAACACACAGCGGUUCCGACGGCAGUUUGCUUAACUGGAUGGGUCCACAUCUUGUGACUGACGUCUGUUACUUAGGUCACCAGGAACCCGACCCAGAGGUUAUACAGGGCUAUGUGAAAAAGGUGCAGGAUCUGGCUGAUCAGGGUGAUCUAUUUGUGGGAUUUUUGCCGCAGCCGGGUGGGAAUCCGUAUUUCCUCAGUCACUGGGAAUCAGAUGAGUUUUCAUCCUUGCAUUCCAGCCCUUGUUCUGUGCAUCGCAGCAGCAGACCUUUAACCAUCAUCCCGAGUGAGCAAAGCCAACAAGAGGACCAUACAAAUGAGUAUCAUCGAAACCAGAAUCUUAUGUUUGAACUAGAUUUUCCAGAAAACCAAGACUUUAUUAACCAGAACCUGCGAAUGCAAGACACUACGAGCAGUCAGUGUUGGAACAAUCAGAAUCCGUUCAUUCAUCAGUGUUCAGAUUGUCAAUAUCUGAACGAUGAACGUGAUGAGGAUGUAAAGAAUAAUUUGCAAUCGUAUGAGCCUACAGUAAGUUCUUGUGCACCAGAGACACAUCAGGCCCGGAGUACUAAAAUAGAGUCUGGGUUGCCUAGAUGUGAUUUGGCAGAAAACCAGCAAACAGACAACAGACAGCAGGUCAGAAGUCAAGAAAAACACAACAAGCGCAUUGGAACCGCUCACAUGUUAAAUCGGGUGCAAGUCUUUGCCCUGUACAACCAUACAACGACUCUGUCAGGAUCGCCCAAAUUCUUUUCUGUGAGGAUUCCACUGCAGGUGCAACGGGAGGCGGGGCUUGUUAACUCGGUUGACUCCCACUGGCUUGAUCACAUGACCCAGCAUUUUAAAAGUGGCGCCCAGCUCAUCGAUGGCUACUUUCACCUGGGAGCUGAUGCAGCAUCCUCUUUCACUGUGGAGAGUGUUUUUAUCUUCCAAAGUGCCCCUAGUGAUGUCACAUCAGCCACAGCAUACGAUGCCAUUGUAGUCGAGCAAUGGACUGUUAUUGAUGGUGUUGCUGUGAAGACAGACUACAUUCCUCUGCUUCAGUCUCUGGCUCCGUACGGAUGGAGACUGAUGUGUGUGCUUCCCACUCCUGUUGUCAAAACCAAAAGUGAUGGAAGCCUGGCCACAAAACAGAUCCUCUUUCUCCAGAGACCCACACUUCCUCGCAAGAGGAGAGAGCUGACGAAACUGUCUCUCAGAGGUCGAAACAAAAGAAACUUAAAUAGCAAGACGACUCCAGAGAGAGAGAUAACUCCACUGGCAACGAUCGAGAGAGAAAUGGAAAGGAUCGAUAGAGAAAGAAGAGGACAUGAGAUGAUCGAAAAGGAAAAUUUGCCUAAUAGCCCAGAGAGAGAUCGACCAGCAAAGACAGAGGGGUACCACACACAGGUGGUCAACAUCACAUGUGCAAAUAAGGAUAACAUUAAAAUGACAAAUCCCACCAAUCAGGAUUUAAAGAGUGUGAUAACAUGUGGGAAACUCGAGGACAUAAGACCUGUAGGAACAGAAAGAGCGUUAUUCUCUGGAGUGUGCUGA